GGGGCAACGCGGGGUGGCUGCCGGGACCGGGCUUGGCCGGAGGCCGCGGGGCCGGCCCCCGCCGCGAGGGAUGGGGCUGCCGGCCGCCUAGGGGCCAUGCAGCCCGGGGUCCGGGCUUUCCUCGCUCCGCGCCCCGGCCGCCGCGCUCCGCGUCCGAGCCGGCAUGGUGAACCUGGCGGCCUUGGUGUGGCGCCGGCUUCUCCGGAAGAGGUGGGUGCUCGCCCUGGUCUUCGGGCUCUCGCUCGUCUACUUCCUCAGCAGCACCUUCAAGCAGGAGGAAAGGGCAGUGAGAGAUCGGAAUCUCCUCCAGGUUCAAGACCACGACCAGCCCAUUCCAUGGAAAGUGCAGUUUCACCUGGGGAACAGCAGUAGGCCUGGCAACCAGUGCCGGAACUCCAUUCAAGGGAAGCACCUCAUCACGGAUGAGCUAGGAUACAUUUGUGAAAGGAAGGAUUUGCUGGUGAACGGCUGCUGUAACGUCAACGUCCCCGGCACAAAGCAGUACCGCUGUGACGGCUGCUUGCCCCACGGCUGCUGCGGCGCCUACGAGUACUGCGUGUCCUGCUGCCUGCAGCCCAGCAAGCAACUUCUCCUGGAGCGCUUCCUCAACCGGGCAGCCGUGGCAUUCCAGAACCUCUUCAUGGCCGUCGAAGAUCACUUUGAAUUGUGUCUGGCGAAAUGCAGGACCUCAUCCCAGAGCGUGCAGCACGAGAACACCUAUAGGGACCCCAUAGCCAAAUACUGCUAUGGAGAGAGUCCUCCCGAGCUCUUCCCCGCGUGACGGGCACAGAAGGCAGACCAGGCACCACCAGAGAGCUUGUGGCCUGAAGCCACCCUCCAGCGUUCUCUAGUCUGCUUGGAAGAAGAGAGGCGUCGUGCGGGAGCCUCGGUUUUGACCACUUCUUUUGUUGUACUCUCUGGCUUCACUCUCCGCUGGGCUUUACUCCAUGGAACUGUUCUGUAAAGCAGCUUGGAAAUACCAGCGGGUCACGUUCACGAACAAACUGCAGGCGAGCCUGCAGAGAUGUUGGCGCUCUGAGGCACCUCUCCCACGGGAGACUCAUCGAACCCUCCCCUGUAAAGUUAUUUAUUGGAUUUCUUUGGUGUAGUGGGAAAAUGAUAAUGUUUUAUAUAGGAAGAUGCCUUGCCUUGAUAGUUGAAUGUAUUCAAGGAAAUUGUUGUUCUUGUUUUCUUGUGUUCUUGAGUUUUAUGAGUUAAGUCAUCCCUUUACCCGGAUAAAAUGUUUCACCUCUUUGAACGUGCGUGUUCUCUUAAGGUAGUUAUUUGGGUUUUGUUUUAACAGCACCUUCAGGAGUGGGCCCUGGACACUGUAUCCUGACAUCUAAAAUUGUCAACAACUCAGAGCUACUCUUCCCUGUACUGGCUUCCCUGCAGGGGGCACCAGGCGCCCUCAGCUUUUCUCGUAGUGGUAUUUGAAUACGCUUACAUACCUGUGUGUGAGCACUGUUUGAACCAGAAAUUCCAGCUCACUGUUCUGGAGGAUUUUGUCCUCAUUUCCCAUGCCACUGUUGACAUGAUUGCAGUCUGCCCAGCCGUGGUAUGCUGGGAGCCUCAGGAACAUCGCCGGCAGCCUCCUCUCCUCUCCUGUCGUGGAAAACUGGUGUUAAGGGGAUUCCUAAGUGGAGAUACAUCUAGCAACUGGCUGUAAGCAGUCAUCCUUCAUCGCUCUCAGCUUCGGGACAUGUAACAGGUUCAGACCUUCACUUCCCUUAUGAUUUGUAAAGAAGAAGAAAACCCAAGUUUCUGUCAAGGUGCCGUAACAGAGUUACUAGUGCCCUCAGUGAGGCGAGUCCCUGAAGGCUGGACGUGCUGGUUGCUGGUCCUACCUGCUCGAGUGCCCCCUGGGUUUCUAGGAUGACACUGAAUCUCGCGUUCUCAAGGUCGAGAAUAUUUGGUCUUCCCAUCAAGACAUCCUGCCCCUCACAUAGUACGGCUCUUUGCUCUUAGGAGACACGGGCCCAUAGCUCUUUCCUGGAGCGACCCCUCACUAACCCCCAGGACUGGGCAAGGUCUUUUUCAUUUUUUGAUUGUUCAAGCUGUUGACCUUGGAUCAGGGCAGUAGUUUUACAAUCCACUUUGACGUUUUUUUCAGUAGGGUUUUUUCUUUGGACCACAUUUGCCUUCCAGUAUGUUUCGGCAGUAUGUAGCAGUAAUUCCCUUAACUUUCUCCUAUUAGUUCUACUUCUCUUCCCAAAGUGGUUUGUCCCCCUAAAUAAGCUUUCUCUGAGGACUGUCUGGCAAUUGUUUUUUAAUGUUUUCUCCCAAAAAUCUAUUUAUUUUGCAUUGGACUUUUUGGAUUCUACAUGCGUUCACGGUGCUAAAUCAAACUUUGUAUGUGAAAGAAAUGUGCACGUCUGGAUGUUUUACCAUCUCAUUCCUUUUGGUAACUCAGUCUGGUGUAUGUCUGUCUCGUGGGUUGUCACUGUAUCAGCCUCUCCUUGGAGCUCAUUUGAACUUUUGAACAAUGUAACAGAGAUUUAAUAUGAAAACGACUUUAUAUCAAAGACUAA